CACCCUACUCAUACUGCAGAUUAUUAUAUAUGUUUAUAUAUUUAUUAUAACACAGAUCAGUUUUGCAACCAAAAUUUAAUUCAAAGAAAGGAGAACAAUGGGUCGAUCACAUUCAACAUCACCAACAAUGAGUCUUGGCCGGUCAGUGGCUCGAGUUCGUGUCAACUCACCGUCUCUCAGGCGAAAAUCAGCCUCUAAUUUUAUAGAAAACGAUCAGGAAGUCGAGUUCUUAGGUAAUAAAUCAGAGGCUACCAACUUUAUGAUCAACAUCGAGGCUUCCGGAACUGAUUACGACGGUGGCGAUGGCGGUGGCAAUAAAGUCAUGGUGGUGGUUGAGUCAACCCUGGAAGCUAAGGGAGCUCUUGACUGGGCAUUAUCUCACACUAUUCAAGCCGAGGACACCAUUGUUCUUCUGCAUGUCGCCAAACCCAGAAAAAGAGAGUCGUCUAAAAGGAAGCGAAAUCCAAGAGUUGAUGUACUGCUUCACUCAAUGAAAAAUAUGUGUCAAAUGAAAAAGCCAGGAGUCCAAGUUGAGGUGGCCAAGGUUGAAGGAAAGGGGAAAGGUGCAAUAAUAGUGGAGGCAGCCAAAGGACAUCAAGUGUCGCUUUUGGUGUUGGGACAGAGGAAGAAAUCAAUAAUCUGGCAGUUAAUGAGGAGGUUGGUGGCAAAGAGAGGUGGCGCUAACGGCGGUGGGGUUGUGGAUUACUGUAUUCAAAAUGCUUCGUGCAUGACAAUCGCCGUGAGGAGGAAGAGCAACCAGCUUGGUGGCUACUUGAUUACCACAAAGCGUCACAAAAAUUUUUGGCUUUUGGCUUGACAAUAUAUUUAACCGUUGUAUAUUAACCUUUAAUUAUUUUGGUGUCAUGAGUUAACUAUAUAUUAAUUCAAUUGGAUAAUGAUUAAAAUA